GGGUUCAGUUUAAACUGCAACCAACAAACUUGAGCCUAGUAAGUACCUAAGUACCUACCUAUGCGACCCAUCCACUUCGACGAUUUUCAAGAUCGCGAACUUCACAAAACAACUUCCAACCCGUGCGACACUUAUACCCACGCCCACACCGAUCAAUUGGGCGCAUUGCCACGAAUAUAUAAAACUUAUCCGGUUAUUGUUUUCUCUAUAUCCCAUCAAAGAGACAACCAGCCACGAUGCAGCCCACCCAAGCGCUCCUAAAGCGCUACCGCAAGCUCCCUCUAACAACCAAAGACAUCAAGAAGGGCUUCUACAAGGGCACGCGAUCAGGCAGCAUGGGUCAGCACACCAAGUUCGGAGGAUACGUUAUCGACUGGGAAAAAGUGCGGACGUACGUCGUGCCCGCGGGGCUUGAGGCUUUCAAGUUAACGCCGUUCGUCACGAGCAGGAUCCGUCCGACGAGAGGUCGGUACGAAGGCUACAGCAUGGGUCCUAAGAGCCCGGAGCUGUAUCUCGAGAGGUGGAAGGCGGAGAACGGGUUGGAUUGAGGGGUCUAUCGCUUCAAAGAAACAAAACUCUAAAAUAAAAUAAACCGGUUACUGCUACAGGCUGACUAGGAGGGCCUAGACUUACGGCUAAGACUGAGCGAACCCCAAAUCGCCAUAAUUAUGGAUAUAGAUAUGGUGAUGGCUGACGAGACUUUAUGCUCUUCGACUUAUACAGUACGAAAGUCAUGAUGAUAUCAGGUCGAAGUUAAAUGUAAAAUCUGUACCAUAUAAAUCACCCACACCCACAUAUCUAUAAAGCACAUACCACCAUUACUUCAAGUUCAAAGUUCAAGUUC